CCGGCCGGGAGCCCGGACUGCCGGUACGGACACCGCGGGUGAGAGAGCAGGCCCCAGCCGAGGAGCCCAGCAUGUGUUAAAAUGCACAUUUUAAAUAACAUCCAUCAUUGAACUACUCUGCUUUGCAAACUUGGAUCAUGAAGGUGAUGGGAAGAAUUUAUCUUUGGAUCUUGAUUUCACUAUUUCAUUUGAUAGUGUUUGCUGCAGAACAUGAAGAUGUAGCAAAACAUGCAAUAAAGUUGCAUCGGGGGAAAGGAGCAGCUAUUACUCAGAGAAAACAGUGGGUUCUCGACAAUUGUAGAAAACUAUCUGGCCUUCUUCGACAAAAGAAUGUGGUUCUUAACAAACUAAAAAAUGCAAUAAGAGCAGUGGAAAAGAAUUCUGGACUGUCAGAUGAAGAGAAACUCUUUCAGGUACACACAUUUGAAAUUUUCCAAAAGGAAUUGAAUGAAAGUGAGAAUUCAGUCUUUCAAGCUAUCCAUGGACUCCAAAGAGCCCUGCAAGGAGAUUACAAAGAUGUUGUGAACAUGAAAGAAAGUAGUAGACAGCGACUGGAGGCUUUGAGGGAAGCUGCAAUAAAGAUGAGGGUCCAGCUCCUCUAUGGCAGAGGAAAUCCUAUCAUAGACCAGGAACUGCCCACAGACAAAGGACAUUUCAAGGAAGAAACAGAAUAUGUUGAGCUUCUGGCAGCAGAAAAGCAUCAAAUUGAAGCCCUUAAAAAUAUGCAACAUCAGAACAAAAGUCUGUCCAUGCUCGAUGAAAUUCUUGAAGAUGUAAGAAAAGCAGCAGAUCGUUUAGAGGAAGAAAUAGAGGAACAUGCUUUUGAUGACAAUAAGUCAGUAAGAGGGGUCAAUUUUGAGGCAGUUUUGAGAGUAGAAGAGGAGGAGGCCAAUUCUAAGAGAAAUGUAUCAAAACAUGAAGUAGAAGAUAAUUUAGGUCUUAGUAUGCUAAUUGACUCCCAAAACAAUCAGUAUAUAUUGACUAAGCCCAGAGAUUCAACAAUCCCUCGAGCAGAUCAUCACUUCAUUAAGGACAUUGUUACCAUAGGAAUGUUAUCUUUACCAUGUGGUUGGCUGUGUACAAUGAUAGGAUUGCCAACAAUGUUUGGUUACAUUAUUUGUGGCGUACUACUGGGACCUUCAGGACUCAACAGUAUUAAGUCUAUUGUGCAAGUGGAGACAUUAGGAGAAUUUGGUGUGUUCUUUACUCUGUUUCUUGUUGGCUUGGAGUUUUCUCCAGAAAAGUUGAGAAAGGUAUGGAAGAUCUCCUUGCAAGGCUCAUGCUAUAUGACAUUCCUAAUGAUUUCAUUUGGCUUAUUGUGGGGACACUUUUUACAAAUCAGACCAACACAAAGUGUUUUUAUUUCUACUUGUUUAUCCUUAUCAAGCACACCCUUGGUGUCCAGGUUCCUUGUUGGUAGUGCCCGAGGUGAUAAAGAAGGUGAUAUUGACUACAGCAGUGUGCUUCUUGGCAUGCUGGUAACGCAGGAUGUACAGCUUGGAUUAUUCAUAGCUAUUAUGCCAACUCUUAUACAAGCAGGAGCUAAUACAUAUUCCAGCAUUUUCCUGGAAAUACUGAGAAUACUCAUACUGAUUGGUCAGAUCCUCGUUUCUCUGGUUACUGUUUUUCUUAUAUGUCUUGUUAUAAAGACUUAUCUUAUAGGCCCAUAUUAUCGAAAACUGCAUGUGGAGAGCAAAGGAAAUAAAGAAAUCCUUGUUUUAGGAAUAUCAGCCUUCAUCUUUCUAAUGUUAACGAUCACAGAGCUUCUUGAUGUUUCAAUGGAAUUGGGGUGCUUUUUGGCUGGAGCAUUGAUUUCUUCUCAAGGACAUAUGGUUACUGAAGAAAUUAUGUCCUAUGUUGAACCUAUACGGGACUUUUUGGCCAUCAUUUUCUUUGCAUCUAUAGGUCUCCAUGUUUUUCCCACUUUUGUAAUAUAUGAACUCACCGUUUUGAUGUUCCUUACCUUGUCAGUGGUAAUAAUGAAGUUUGUUUUGGCAGUGCUUGUCUUAUCCCUUAUUCUGUCAAAGAGCAGUCAGUACAUCAAAUGGAUUGUCUCAGCUGGGCUGGCACAAGUCAGUGAGUUUUCUUUUGUUCUGGGAAGUAGAGCACGAAGAGCAGGAAUCAUCUCGCGAGAGGUCUACCUUCUUAUAUUGAGUGUAACUACUCUAAGUCUUUUGCUUGCCCCAGCAUUAUGGAAAGCUGCAAUUAUGAAAUGUUUGCCAAGACCAGAAAGACGAUUCAGUACCUGAAAACAAAAGUAUUCAUUUUAGAAUAACACAUUACUUUGCAAAAAUAACAAACCCCAAAUCUCUUUGCAGAAAUUUGUGAUGUACCUUCUUAUGAGCCUUACAGAUAUUUUAAAGUAAUACAGACUGUAUUAAAUUAUUAGUGUUUUGAUGUUCGCACAAUUUACUAAAUAUGCUUUGUCAUGUUUUAGAAUUUGCCAAAAUAACUCAUUUAGAUUCAAUUAUGCACAGUAGAAUUGCUUUGAAAAUGAUGCAUCAUGCAAAUUGCCUUGACCAUUUUGCCUGGAUGUGCCUUUUCCCCAAGUUUAUUCCCAUCUUGUCUUGUUAAUUGAUCUGUUUAUUUACCUUUUUUGGUAGAAACAAAACUGAAAAUAUUUCUUAUUUAAUGGUGCCUGUGGUGCCCUGUUAAAAUAACUAAAUUUACCUGUGUAAUUUCUGGAUUUGUCAUCUAUAGGUCAAGUAUUUAUCAUUAAAACAAGUGAUGUGAAUGUCUAUUUCAUACAGAUUUUGGCAGCUUAAUUUUGAUGUUUAAAAUGCUCAAAACUUGUGUUCUUAAAUGAGGUGUUUAUCUCAUAGUGCCUAUUUGCUUUUUAUUAUGCAUCCUUUAAAUACUCAUUUUAAUGUUACAGCUUUCUUUUAAAAAAUGUGUUUGAGCUUUCAUUUGUGUAUUGACUACAUUCUUCAGUAAAAGUGAUCUUUGAUCAGGGUACAGUAUUCUUUAACAUCUGGGUUUUUUUGAAAUCUUGAAUUACAAAUUAAAUUUUGAUGCUGAACGAAUCCCUACACAUUCUUUUAUUAAUUUAAAUAAUUUGUUUACAUAUUCAAUAUUAUUCCCUAAGAGCAAAAAAAAUUGCUUUUAGAAUGUUCAAGUUCUAGCUAUAGUACAAGAAAAACUUGUUUAUGUUCUAUUUUAAGAAAUCACGUGUAAGAAAAUCUGAACCUACAAAUUGACAAGCUAGGUGGUGAUACUCUUUAUUACGAGAAAAUAAUUUGCCUUACAAAAUGUUUAUUUUGUUUUUUUAAUGGGAGCUGUCCUACUUACAAGCCAUUAACAGCUUGGCAAAACUAAUUGCAAAUGAGAGUCUCAGUUGUACAGCAGAAAAAAAUUAUAAAUUUCAUUAGUAGCAAAUGCCAAUUCAAAAUUAAUCAGCAAUAGAAAUUAAAAUAUCUUGUGUAAUUUGUCAGCAAGAUAAAUUAAAUUUAUAAGAAUACAGGAAUAUAUAAUUGAGCUAUGUGUAUGUUUCAGAAAGUGCAUCUACAUUUGUUUACAAUGAACUUGCCAGACAUUCCAAAUAUUUAUCCUAUCGUUUGGUACCAUUUUACCCCAUUCGUGUUUCUAGUAUAUUAAAGCAAAUGGGACUGAUUUUACCUAUAGGCAGUUAUAAAGUUGUUAUCUGGAAACCUGGCUACUGUCAUGCCAGUUUGAAAAGAAUACUUAAAUGAGAAAUUUUAUAAAGAAUGUCAUGUUAACACACGUUUAAAUACAAUAUAUUAGUUACUUCCUGAAAUUUUGUUAUGCAAAAAUACUUUAAAGGGAAGUUAAAUGAAUGAAUGUGUAAUAUGAGUUAUUGUGAUAUUUGGGAAACCUAAGAUUUUAGCAGCCUUGCAAAUAGCUGGAGCUAGCAGUAAUUUAUGGCUCACCAACUUUUUAAUAUAAUACUUCUGAUUACAACUCUACUUUAUGCAAUAGCUGCAGUUGUAAAAAAGUUGUAGACUUUUUUUUAUUUUGGGUAACUAAAGUAUUUUAAAUGCAUUGGGUACUCUUGCUCUUAAAAGGAAUUGUAUUUCUUUUGAAGAAUUAUUUUAAAGAGUGAAUAGCUAGUUUCUCAUGUUUUUUGUAAAUCUAGAUUUUUAUAUAUUAAGUUUGCUUAUAGUUGGCCACCUUUUUCUUCU